GAUGCGGAUUGGAGGAUGUCGGGGGACUGGGAUGAAGACCUGUGUAAGAAGGCGCUGGUGCUGGUGGAGGAGCUGUGCUUCAACUCCCCGAGAGGCUACAGCCAGAGCGAGCGCUGCCAGGAGUUCAGCUACCUGCUGAGAGGCCGCAACAGACAGCUGGACACAGAGAUCUCUGUCAGUCUGCUGUCGGUUAUCGUGACGUUCUGCGGCAUCGUCCUCCUCUCCGUCUCCCUCUUCGUCUCCUGGAAGCUCUGCUGGCUGCCAUGGCGGGACAAGGAGGGCGGGGGCCUGAGCCUGACGUCGGGGCUGCUGCCCGGGACCGCCGGCGUCGGGAGUCUGGCGGGCGGCGGGGGGUCGUCGCUCCUGCCGCCGCUGCUGCAGAGGAAGGAGGGACACUCCUCCUCCUCGCUGUACCCCUCCCUGGGCCAGCAGGGCCAGCACCACCCUCACUUCUCAGACCUGGUGGGGCUGGAGAGGGGGGAAGUCGGGGGUGUGGUCGGGGGCCCGCAUGAGACCCAGGAGCACUCCUACCUGGACAUGGACUCCUACCCCAACAACGCCGGAACGCUGAAGCUGAGCCAGACGUCUCCGGAUGUCCCGAACUCGGAGGGCGGAGCCCAGCCUCAAAAAGACCUGCCCAACGCCCACUCGCAGCAGCAGGUCACCUCACGGCCUAAGCCCAUGACUCACCAGCUCUCCAGCCCUGAUUUCCACGGCGAGGAGAAGGAGCAGGUAACCAGCAUCGGGCAGAUCAAACCGGAGCUCUACAGGCCCAAGGGCGACCAGGGCGAGGGCAAACAGGGCGACACCUGCGGAAAGAUCAGCUUCCUCCUGCGCUACGCCUUCAACACCGAACAGUUGGUGGUGAAGAUCCUGAAAGCUCUGGACCUGCCAGCGAAGGAUGCCAAUGGCUUCUCUGACCCGUAUGUGAAGAUCUACCUACUGCCAGACAGGAAGAAGAAAUUCCAGACCAAGGUCCACAGAAAGACCUUGAACCCGGUGUUCAACGAGACCUUUCAGUUCGGCGUGCCGCUGAAUGAGCUACAUUCCAGGAAGCUGCAUUUCUCCGUGUACGACUUCGACCGCUUCUCCCGACACGACCUGAUCGGCCAGGUGGUGGUGGACAACCUGCUGGACUUCAGCGAGGGCACCGGGGAGAAACCGAUCUGGAGGGACAUCGUGGAGGGCACCGCGGAGAAAGCUGAUCUCGGGGAGCUUAAUUUCUCGCUGUGUUACCUGCCCACUGCGGGCAGACUCACCGCUACAGUCAUCAAGGCCACUAACCUCAAAGCCAUGGACCUCACCGGCUUCUCAGACCCGUACGUAAAGGCCUCUCUGAUGUGUGACGGGCGCAGGCUAAAAAAGAGGAAGACUUCCAUCAAGAAGAACACACUGAAUCCCACCUACAACGAGGCGCUGGUCUUCGACAUUCCCAACGAAAACAUCGAGAGCGUGUCCAUCAUCAUCGCCGUGAUGGACUACGACUGUAUCGGUCAUAAUGAGGUGAUAGGGAUGUGUCGUGUGGGCAGCGAUGCCGAAGGUCCAGGGAGGGAGCACUGGGCGGCCAUGCUGGCCAAUCCACGCAAACCCAUAGAGCACUGGCAUCAACUCGUCGAGGAAAAGGCGAUUAGUACGUACGUGUCAAAGAGCGCCACGGCAUCUUCCCCCAAGCCGCACAUCGUGGUGGACAGUCCUCACUCCGAGUAAAAGUGUCAUUAUCAUCUCUCCAGCUCCAGACUUUCCUUUCCUUCCUCUCAUCUGUGAAUAAUUCUCUCCAUCAAAGAAAGAGAGAUAAGGAGACACGUCCAACUGCUAGCGCUGUUUUGCUCCUGCUAAUGAAUCCUCCAAGUCCUGUGCUGUCGUUAGCAAGCCGAGGAGAACAUAAAAUAAAAAAAAUAAAAUAAAAUAAAAUAAAUUAAAAAAAAAAAAAAAAGAAGAAGACACAUCCAUCACGAGCUACACACGUUGAGCAUCACACCACACACUUCCAAAACACACACGGACACCAGACGCUACAAACGACAUCAGGUGUACAUUUGGGAUCUAGAAAUGGGAAAAAAAAAAACACACAUUCACACACACACACACACACAUAACUCACACAUACACAUGCACAGGCACGCACGAACACACAGACAGGGUUUGUAGUAUGUGCGUAGUUCAUGUGUGCUUCAGAUUAGUGUAGUAUUUCAUCUAGGAGGAGUGUGACGUGAUCAACUUUCCGCCCCUUGAGCAAGUGGGAAAAAAAAGAAAAAAAAAAGAAAAAAAAAGAAAACCAUCCGAGAAUGGUCAUCUCAACCAGGACCAAAGGUUCAUGCCCUUGUACAGACUUUAAAAGAAGAAGAAAAACACUCUGUCGAUAUUUUUCUCUGCCACAUUAGUGUACAGUAUACGGCGUACUGUAUAGGAAAAAAAAACAUCUAACGUAGUACUUUGCAGCAGGACGAAACAUCCAGCGGCGGAUUCUCCGAGGCCAUCUCGGACGCCUCCUCGGGGGCUCAGCGUCCCUCCGGUGUCGGACUUUGUUUUCCUCCGCAGGAGAGGCAGACGAUGAUGAAGCGUCCGGCGGUUGUUAUUGAUGUCAGAGGAGGGAGAAACGAGGACGGACUCACCGGGCCCCGAGCAUGUCACGCAAACCUUGAAAUGUGUCCCUCUUCCUCAUUCUUUUUUUUUUUUUUUUUGUCACCGUCCUCAAGGUGCUCAUCCGUAUCCUUUUUUCUUUUUUCUUUUUUUUAUGAUUCUUUUUUUUUGAGUUAUUUCACUUUGGGGUUUGUGUAAUAUAGAUAUAAAACCAUCAAGAGAGGAGUUUCUCCAUGCCGGUUUUUUACAGUCCACUGAGGAUGAGAUGGCGCCCGCGUGCUUCUGGGAGACGUGAACUCUUUGAUCAUCCCCCGGCGUCCCGGCCAAAACUGGGCAGACUUUUUCCAAGAGGACGAACGUUGUGUGUUUCAGGAACCAGACCAGCAUCCAUUCUGAGUGCACUCGCUGGAGUCGUCGGCCUACGGGUGGGAAAGGAUAUCACCAUUAUGUUUGAUUUUUUCUAUCAUUCCAGGACUCUUUUUUUUUUUUUUUUUUUGGGUUGUUUUGUUUGGUCAAAGAAAAAAAAAAAAAAAAGUCAUCGUCCGACUUCAACCGAGAAAAAUGUUGUCUUCGAGUCCACAUCCUGUCCCGAGACAAGACUUUACAGAAGGACACGCGCGUCCGUGUCACUUUUACUCGUGGGUGUUUCCGUGUUUUUUGUGGGCGUGUUUGUUUUGUAUUCGUGUGCGCGUGUGUGCCUGUACGUGUGUGUCACUGUGACCUUGUGUGUGACACGUUUCUGUGCUCAUCGCCUCCCUUGUCCUUUCCGUCCUUGCCGCCACACCCCUUCCUCCUCGCCCCCCACCACCAACCCCACCCUCCUCCUCCUCCUCCUCGUCCCCCAAGAAAAAUAAUCCCAGCAUCCACAGACUGAAACACUCGUCUCGGAGCCAAACGUGUCUUCUGUCCCGUGUCUUCAAAGGAUACUUCGUAUGUGUGUGUGUGUGUGUGUGUGUGUGUGUGUGUGUGUGUGUGUGUGUGUGAGCGUGGGCCUCAUUGCACUAGGUGGGGAAACAGUUUGUCUUUCAUAGGCACUAGGUCGUAUCGUCUAUCUUGUCUCUGAAAUCAGCUGUCAAUCAUUCAACUCCCCCCCUCCUCCUCCUCCUCCUCCUCUUCCUCUUCCUCCUCCUCCUCCUCCUCCUCCUCGCCUUGCCUGAUGUAAGUAACUGUGUUGAUCGUGUACUUCUUUCAAUAAUUUGUGUACUGUAUGUCAGAGGGGAAAAAAAACAAACAAACAAAAAAAAAAAAAACAGAUGGCAUCGUGAUUGAAAAAUAAAUUGUUGGGUGUGUUUCGAUUAAUUAUCAGAAAAGGAACGGGAGGAAAAACAAAUAAAAAACAAACAAAAAAAAAAACACGUUACGGCCUACAGAUAAGGACAAAUUUAGAUCCCCUUGCCGCCCCCCAGUGAGCAAGAAAACAGGGAGGAGGUGUGGGAGAAUAAAAAAAACAACAACAACAACAACAACAACAAAAAAACAAAAAGCCAUGUUUGUCACCGCUACUACGACGACGACUACUGUAACCUCAGCAAAAAAAAAACAAAAAAAAAAACAACAGUACGACACCUCAC